GGACGCAAGGAUGACGUUUUACGUAGAGGUAGUGGCGUUGUCUCUAUGGCUGCAGACGACGCGGAGGUAAUCCUGUUGCUAACAAGAGCUAAAAAGGUGCUUCGUUUACGUUAGCUUGUAAGGGUCGAUAACGACAGCGCCAAUGGAGGCUGGACCAAUUGUUAUGUAAUCUAAAGCAAGAAUCACCUAGCUACUGCCAUUUCAACAAACCGCUCUGCCAAGAGAAGACAGCUCGAUGUAUCACAAAGAGAAGAGCAUCCAGGUCAAAAACAGCGCCUCGGCGCUGUACAACAACCUCGGCGUGCUACGCAUCGCCCCGCGGCAUCUCACCUACUUCACGGUGGUCCAUGCUAACGUGGUCAACAUGGUCAGCGCGUCCUGGGACGGCCUCAACUAUUCCCACCGUCAGCUGCAGUCCAAGGAGCCCAAUGUCGCCACAAGCACAUCACUCAUCAUGCAGGCUGCGUUUUGUCCUCUGCCCUCUCGUGAUCUGCUGGUGGUGACCUCUCAGAAAGGCAUCCAGAUGUAUGAAUCUGAUGGCUCCAUCAUGGUGUACUGGCAUGCACUCGAUACUCCGGAAACACCUACAGCUCAGGCCGUAUUUGCUCGGGGGAUAUCAGCAGUGCGGGAGAGUUAUAUAUGUGUGGGCGUUUCAUCCGGUGCAAUUCUAGUAUUUGAUGUUCCCAUUAAAGGCAGUAAUAUUACCCUGUCUGAGGUCCUGAAGGAGCACAAGGAGUCCAUCACUGACAUAGCCCCAGAGUGCUCGGGGAGCCAGGAGUGCAUUGCUGAUCUGGUCAGUGCAGAUGACGGGGGCAACCUGUGUGUGUGGAAGUCUGGGGAGGACUUUCAGCUGCUCAACAACAUCCCCGGCUUUGAUAUGAGCUGCUCAUCUGUCAAGUUGUGGAAAGGCACAGUGGUGGCAGGUUAUGGCACAGGCCAGAUUCAUCUCUAUGAGGCAGUGACAGGCAUCCUGCAUGCUGAGAUCAACGCCCACGCUCGCUGGAUAUACUCACUGGACAUUGCUCCUUUUUCUGGGCUGCUUCUGUCUGCUGCUGAGGACUCUCUGGUCAGGGUGUGGCACCUGACAAUGACCCCAGAGACCAACAGUGUUGAGGUUGCCCAUUUGCACAAUGAGUGUGUGACGGACACUCAAAUAUGUGGCGCCAAGUUCUGUGACGGCGAUGGUUAUGCUUUUGCAGUGACAGGCUAUGACCUGAGUGAGAUUAUCCGUUACACACAGUCGUAGGACUUUGCUUUCAUUGAAGCUAAGUAUACUAUUAAUGUGAAUUUGGUAUGUUAGAGUGUUUCUGGAAAGAUAACAUGACCCAGAGGAAACAACAGUCAAAAGUGGCCAGGUCAGGGUCAGGUUGAGAUUCUGUAAGGAUGGGGGUAUUUAACAUAAUCUGGAUUCAUGGCAUUUCUGUCUAUAUCUACAAAGGGUAGAAGGAAAUUAGCAUAUAACAAGAUAAUGCAAAAGUAAUCUGUUAAAGUUUCUAUAAAUAUUUUUAAGUACAAAUGUUUACAUGUAUGUGAAUGUAGUUUUUGAAAGUUACAAAUAUUCUAUUAUUCUUUCUGAUAUAAUUAUUGUUUCAAGCAGCUGUUACCAAUAAACAUUUUUGUGAAGA